ACUUAUGAUUGAAUUUUUUACGAUCUUUGUCCUUCUCCAACGACGUCGUAUCAGUGAAAGUUAAACAUUUCACUGUCGUUAAACCCUAGUUAAACCCGUUCUUCUUCAUCCAGACUCAACAACACCAGAAAAAAUGGCGACCAGAGCUACCUGUUUGAACCUUCUCCGAUCAACGGCGUAUCGCCGAUGCAUCUCAACGGCGUCGACGGAUACCUUAUCAACGGCAGCCAUCACCUCAAAAAAUCGAAGAAACGAAAGUCGCCGGAAAUUCUGCGACCUUAUGAACGGAGAAAAAUCAGAAGAUAACUUAAAAGAUGACUUAAACAAAUUGCAUAACGAAGGGAAACCCCUAAGGAAGAUAGAAAUUACUGACUGUAUCAACCAGCUUCGUAGAAACAAGAAGUUUACUCUUGCCCUUCAGCUGUCUGAAUGGAUGGAAAGCAGCAAAUUUAUGAUCAGCAAUGGUGAUCGUGCAAUACGGAUAUUCCUACUGGCCCAGUCAAACGGCUUGGAUUCAGCCGAAAAGUAUUUGGACAGCCUGCAAGAAUCUGAAAAAACUAGUAAAACCUAUGGAGCACUUCUCAGCUGUUAUUGCAGACAGAAAAAGUUUGAUAAAGUUAUGAAGCUUUUUGAGAAGAUGAAAGAGCUCAAUUUUACAUCUACUUUAAAUUAUAACAAUGUGAUAUCUCUUCAUUUAAGCAAUGGCCAGCCUGAAAAAGUCCCUGCACUGGUUCAAGAAAUGGAGCAGAGAAAUAUUACAGCUGAUUUGUACACCUAUAAUCAGUUGGUGGACAGUUAUGCUUCAGUGAAGGAUAUAGUAUCAGUUGAGGAUGUUCUUGAAAAGAUGGAAAAGCAUCAGGUAAAGUUUGACUGGUUCACAUAUGGAAACCUAGCUUCGAUAUAUAUCAAUACGGGCCACCUAGAUAAGGCGAAUGGUGUUCUCCAAAAGAUGGAGAAAAUGGAAAACAUGCGUGACCGUAAAGCUUUCCAUACCUUAAUCACAUUAUAUCAGAAAGCAUCUAAUUCAGCAGGAGUCAAUCGCUCAUGGGAAUUAUUAAAGUCAGUUUUUCCGACUCCCAGCAAGGUUUGCUAUCUCAUCGUGCUUUUGGCUCUAUCCAAACUGGGGGACAUGGAAAACCUCGACAAGUGUUUUGGUGAAUGGAAAUCAGGUUAUCGAUACUACGACAUCAGAAUUUCAAAUGUGAUGAUAGAGUCCUAUCUCAACAGAAAUAUGAUUGAGGAAGCAAAUCUUCUUUAUGAGAAUGUGUUGAAACAAGGCAUUGAACCCAACUUAAGGACUUACGAUGCAUUCACAAAUUUCUAUAUAAAAAAUUCGCAGAUUGAUUUUGCUCUGAAGUAUUUGGAGAUGGGUGCCUGCAAGGCAAAUCCUAAGAAAAAAGUUUGGUUUCCUAUAGAUGAAACAGUCAAGAUGUUUCUAGCGCACUUUGAGGACAAUAAUGACCCUGUUCGAGUUGAGAAGUUCUGCGAGAUUAUGAAGAAGAUUAAUCGCCUCGAUUCCACUGUAUAUGACUCUCUUCAAUGUACAAACUCUGUAGCCUCUGAAGUGGAAUCAUGAAACACCUUUGUGGUCGAGGAGGAAAACCUGAGAGGCUCAUAUAGCUCAAUGCUUCUUAACUACAUUUACAUUGCUUCAACCAAUUGCACAAGCUCUGAAGUGGAAUUAUGAACAUCCACAUCUCUCAGAGGAAGUCAUGAGAUGUGCUCCAUAACUCAGUUUCUCAACCCAGUUGCAAGUUGUGUGGGAUCUGAUGAUCUCGGUCAACAUUUAAAUCAAUCCAUGGUGCUAUUUUUCAUGCUCGUUGCACUUUACAUUAUUGAAGAACGAUACUGAUUUACCAAGAGAGUUAUGUCAGUCACUAGCAUUUCUCCUAACAGUUUUUUUUUUUUUGAGGUGAUAGCAACUGGCUAAAAAUUUAGUACUUAGUAGUACUCCGUCUUAUUUCUACAACAUUUAUCGUUUGGUGUGGGGUAUGAGGGAUGAAUAGUUUUGGGAUAAAUGAAGGGUUAUUUUAUCUCAUGCUUGAUGUGAGGUAUUCAUUCAAAAAUUGAAGGUGGCGGAAAUGCGGAUGUUGCAUUGGAUGUGUUGGCUUACUAGGGGUGAUAGAGCUCGGAAUGAAACUAUCUGAGAGAAGGUUGGAGUGGCUUCGGUGGAGGACAAGAAGCGGGAAGUCCGUUUGAGAUGGUUCGGACACGUGAUGAGAAGGGGAACGCACCGGUUCGUAGGUGUGAGAGGCUUGCUUUGGAUGGUUUCAGGCAGGGCAGGGGUAGGCCGAAGAAAUACUGGCCUAGGCGGGACAUGGAGCAGUUUCAGCUUACUGAAGACAUGACCCUAGAUAGGAAGAUCUGGAGGACGCGUAUUAGGGUAGAAGGUUAGUGCCAGAUUGGGUCGGUAGGGUAGGGCAUUACUUGGUGGGUGUAUUAUUCUUGUUAUGAUACCUUGUUGCAUGUUAUGUUACGAUUGCUUACUAUUCUUUGUUCA